UUGACAACUUAUAAACAAAAACAAAAUUUUUCAUAAUAAAGUUUUAAAAAUGCCAUCUAAAACGAACGAAAAUGGUCCUACAAAUGCCGAACGAAGUGGUACUGUGAGAGAAGUUGGAUCUCAAGCUAUUUGGAGUUUAUCUUCUUGUAAGCCAGGUUUUGGCAUCGAUCAAUUACGAGAUGAUUGUAUGGAUACUUAUUGGCAAUCGGAUGGUCAAUUACCGCAUCUAGUUAAUAUACAAUUCCAAAGGAAAACUACUGUUAGUGAUAUUUACAUUUAUACAGACUAUAAAUUAGAUGAGAGCUAUACACCAAAUAGAAUAUCAAUUAGAGCUGGAACCAAUUUUAAUGAUUUGCAAGAGAUUGAUGUUAUUGUUUUAAAUGAACCAACUGGUUGGGUUCAGAUGCCGAUUAAGGAUAUACGCGAGAAACCGAUACGAACAUUUAUGAUUCAAAUAGCCGUUAUCAGUAAUCAUCAAAAUGGACGAGAUACACAUAUGAGACAAAUUAAAGUACAUAGUCCAACACAAGGCCGUGGCGUUGCAAUGGAUCAUUUUGGAACCUGUAAUUCUGUACAAUUUCGUCAAUAUGCUACAAUUCGAUAAUUCAUUUUAUAUAAAAAUAAAUUUUUUAUAUAAA